CCCGCCUCGUCCCCACAGGGCUGAGGUGGCCAGGUCCAUGUCACACUGCUAUGUGCCACAGCAGCGUGUCAGUGGGGCACAGCCCCGCACAUGAUGAGGCACAUGGGGCAGCUGGUGAGGGGCUGCCAGGCUGGGGAUCAGCACGAUGUUGGCUCAGGACAGGCAGGCAGUACCCUUGGCUCACCAUGAACCCUGCUGCCCGUGGCAGGAGCCCACCAACCAUGGUGACCCCAGCAGAACCCUUUCAGUGUUGGCAGUAACGGCAUCUCCCACUGCCCGCAGAUGCUUGGGCUCCUGCCAGUGUUAUUUAUCAGCCUGUCCCUUCCUCCUUCCCGCCCACCCUCCUCCGGGGCUGGGACCAGCCCAGCCAGCAGGGCUGCAGUGGGAGCUGCUUCGGGGCUCCCAGCACCAUCACCCCGUGUGCAUGGCUGGGUGACGACUGGACCAGGACAAGCUCUCCUUGCCACCAGACCAGGUCAGUACUGGAGCGGUGUGGCCAGGACGACCACAGAAGGACUCAGCGAUGCCAGAGCUAUGGCACAAGAUGCAUCGGGGCUGGUGAGCAGGGCACGUGUGGUGGGGAGCAGCCCCAUGGGGCUUCAUCCAGCUGAGGGACUGGGCCAGCAUGGAGCCAGCCGAUGCCCUCUCCAAUGCCUCCGGUAAUGGCAGCAGUGCCAGCAGUGCCCCACACUCACCUGCAGUCAUGGGGCUCAUCCUGCUGGCCGCCCUGGCUGUCCUGCUGGCCACUGUGUUGGGCAACACGCUAGUGGUGGUGGCCAUCUCCACCAGCCGUGCCCUGCGGGCCCCGCAGAACCUGUUCCUGCUGUCCCUGGCCUCAGCGGACAUCCUGGUGGCCGUCCUUGUCCUGCCCUUCUCGCUGGCCAACGAGCUCAUGGGCUACUGGUAUUUCGGGGCCCUGUGGUGCAGCCUGUACCUGGCACUGGACGUGCUGCUCUGCACCUCCUCCAUUGGGCACCUCUGCGCCAUCAGCCUCGACCGCUACUGGGCCGUCACCCGCGCGGCCCGGUUGAACCUGCGCCGCAGCCCGGGGCGUGUGAAGGGGAUGAUCGGGGCGGUUUGGGCUGCGGCGGCCCUGGUGGCACUGCCACCGCUGCUGUGGGCCCGCCCGGGUGGCCGCGAGUGCCAGCUCAGCCAGGAGACCUGGUACGUGCUGGCCUCCUGCACCGCAUCCUUCUUCGGCCCCUGCCUCGUCAUGGUCACCGUGUACUGCCGCAUCUAUCACCUGAGCACCCGCCGGGCUGCAGCCCUCCUCGCCGCCCGCUCCCUGCGCCUCGCUGCUGCCAGCAAGAAGGGGCCAGGGAUGAGGAUGCUGGGCUGGCGGCACCGGAGCCAGCACCAGAGCGUGUUGCUGUGCCGCCGGCGGCUGAUGCGGGUGCAGGAGCGGCGCUUCACCGUGGUGCUGGCUGUGGUGAUGGGCGCCUUUGUGCUGUGCUGGUUCCCCUUCUUCUUCACCUACAGCCUGGGGGCUGUCUGUGGGGAUGGCUGCCGCAUCUCCAAGCCCCUCUUCAGCUUCUUCUUCUGGAUCGGGUACUGCAACAGCAGCCUCAACCCGCUCAUCUACACCCUCUUCAACCGGGACUUCCGAGCUGCCUUCCGACGGCUUCUCGCCAUCCCCCGGCGGCACUGCCCCUAGGGACACACCAGCACAUUGGGGAUGCAGCUCCCGGCCCUGCUUGCCGCUGGCAGUGCCCGGCCCCACCAUGGACCCUGGACUGCAGCGCUGGGGAGCACCUCAAGGUACUUCUGGAAAUGAGGGUUUGAAUAAAACAAGGCCAAAGCCUGUGCCCAGGGCUGGGGUCUGCCCCCCGGGAGCCCAGUGAGUGGGAGCCAUCACCAGACCUGUCGUGACCCAUCUGUCCCCCUUGCAGCAU